AUGCCGGCGGCUGGUAUGAAGCGGUCCACUAGAGCAUUCGGAGUGGUUAUGAAGGGAUCCGACUCGGGUCGGGUUCUCCGGUCCGGCAGACGGUUAUUUCCAGAACAAUCAGUCGAAGAGAAGACCAAGAGAGGGAACGUAGGAGAUGAUUGGCCGAAGCAGCCACUUCCAUCUAAAGAAACGCCCGUGCCCAAAAAGACGGAUAGAGGCGAAAGGGCGGUAGGGGAUGGUGUUAAGGUUGACAGGAUGUAUGGUAUUGUGUAUAGUAGAAAGCGGAGAAGGAUUGCCCGUUCUUCAAGAUUGAAACUUUAUGAAAAGAAAACAGAAGAAACGCUUCAGAGUGGCGUGGGAAGUGUGCUUUCUAUUGUUGUGAAGCCCUGUGCUAGAAAAAAUGGUAGAUUUUUGUCUUUGUUGGUUUCGGCGUUGAGGUACAUGUCCAAGGUCACAGUUACAUUACCUGAGCUUUUUGCCUUUUUUAUCUCUCAAUCGGUUCAUGCUGCCUUUGAUUCCCAGGGUGUAAAUUUUUUGCAGGGUUCUCCUCCUGCCAGCACUGGAAUCUGCUGUUUUUUUGGGAUCAAACAGUUUAUUCCGUUGCUCUCUGUAGACUUUUCUGCUGUUCCGGUUUAUUUUGAGUAUCUGCAUUCUGCAAUGGUUUUAGAUUCUUUCUAUAGGUCGUUUUUUAUUGUAAAUAGUUCAAUAAAUGCACAUAGUGAAGAUGGGGAUGAUUUGGAGGUAAUUGAUUUCCCAGAAUACAAAGAUAAACUACAGAUUUCGUUAGAUACCAUUGAAAGAGAACCUUCCGAGAGUGAAACUGUUAUCCCGGAUGUUCUUGAAAUCAAUGACAGUUUAUCCACACCUUCCCCUGCCAAGGGCACCAGGCAAGCCCGUAGCCGUAAUGGACAGUUUAGAAGUGUUAUGGGCUCUAAAGGCAUUCAGAAGAGGAGGAGUUCACUCAGGAAAAGGAAAGCUAAUAGCCCUUUAACCAUGACUUUACGCAGAAGUAAUAGAGCAGUAGCUUCAAAUUUAGUGGGUGGUAAAAAACGCAAUAACCAGUUGUCUGGUAUGACCUCCAGCAUGAGGCUGAGAAGUUUAACCAAUGGGAAUACUGCUGGAAGCUUGAAAAAAGCAAGUUCUGCCAUAGUAGAUUCUACACAUAGUGUAGAGUCUUCUCUCUGUUCUGCAAACAUAUUGGUUGUAGAGUCGGACAGGUGUUACAGGGAAGAUGGAGCAUGUGUCACUUUAGAGGCCUCUGUUUCAAGAGAAUGGCUUCUCACUGUAAAGAGAGAUGGAUUAACAAGAUACACCUUCAAAGCCGAAAAAGUGAUGCGAUCUUGGUCAUCCAGUCGGUUCACUAAUGCAACAAUGUUUUCAUUAGAUAAUGGUUGGAAGCUGGAGUUUACCAACCGCCAGGACUUCUCUCUCUUUAAAGCCCUCUAUAAGCAGUGUUUUGAUCGAAAUAUCCCUGGUCCUGUUGCUAAAUUUAUUCCAGUACCAGGUGUGUAUGGAGUCACUUCCUAUGCUGAAAGUACCAAUUUUAUCUUCCAGAGACCAGCUGCUUAUAUAUCUGUGCAUGGUGAUGAGAUAACUAGAGCAAUGGCAAGGAAAACUGCAAAUUAUGACAUGGAUUCUGAUGAUGAAGAAUGGCUGAGAAAGCUCAAUUUAGAGUUGCAAGAAUGCGUUUCAGAGGAUAGUUUUGAGUUAAUCAUUGAUGCUUUUGAGAAGGUUUAUUUUUGUAAUCCAGAUGAUUCCGUUGAUGUAAAAUCUGCGGUUAGUAGUCGUCAGGAUCUUGGUAGCAAGGAGGUUAUCGAAGCUGUAUAUACCCAUUGGAUCAGGAAACGGAAGCAAAAACGCUCUUUGCUAAUUAGGAUUUUUCAGAAUCAUCAAUCAAAGAGAGCAUCACUUAUUCCCAGGCCUUUGCGAAAGAAGAGGUCAUUUAAGAGACAGCCAGGUCAGUCUGGCAGAAGCAACCAGCCAAGUCUGCUGAGAGCAUUUGCAGCUGAACAAGAGGCGUUGGAAGAGACUGCAAUGCUUAGGCUUGAAGAAGCUAAAGCCUCAGCAAAGGCAUCCAUGGAAAUAGCCAUUAAAAAACGCAGAAGAGCUCAGUCUCUUGCUGAAAAUGCGGAUUUGGCAACCUAUAAGGCUGUAAUGUUGAUUAAAAUAGCUGAAGCAGCUGUGGCUACAGGAUCAGUAGAAGUUGGGGCCAAAUACUUUCUUGAUUGA